CGAUGCAAUACAGAGUGCUUUAAAGGAAGUGUUGGGAAGAAUUCAACACUUUUGAAUAUCUGCCUUCAAAGUGAACAAAACUUAAUACACAACGCUGUCAAGUCUUGACAGUUCAGGCUUGGGUUCGUGAACCGUGAGCGUUUGGAUUCUGGAGAGGACUGUGAAGAUGCCAACAUCACUUCGGCACCAGCGGUGGCCCAGAGUCUGACAGAGGAGCACUGCAGACGAUACUGGUAGAAAAGAUGAUGAAAGUGCUUUGCUGGAAGUCCCAUACUUAGUGGUGCAGCCCACCCACACUGAGCAGUCAUUGCUGAUUCCCUGCCAAAAGGAGGUGAGAACAACUGACAGAAAGACAGCGAACAAAUGCACUGGAGAAUGAAUGAAAAUACACAGACCACAGACUGAUCCUCCUCACUGACAAACAAGCUCAUACACUCUGAAAACCCCACUGCAAGGAAACUAUCCAUCUGAAGCAAAAGGGAAAGAAUUUGAGCUUUUGAAGGUGUAACAUCAGCAGCUUUAUUUCACUGAUGAAUGAAUAACAAGCCUGAGGUCAAGGGCUGGUUUUACAUGUGCCGUUUUGAUCUGGGAUAAAGAUUAUUUUUCUUUGACCGUAAUGAAAUCAGCAUCGUUUUUAAAAGGAAGCUGGAGUUGGUGAAACAAGCCAGUGAUGAACACACGCAAGGAUGAAUCACUUGGAAUGGUUGUGCUGCUGCAGUUUCGGUCUGGAGUAUAUGUUUCUUAAGAAUGGUGACAGGACCGGAGUGAAUGUUGUCUUUAAUGAUACUCAAGAGAGACCAGGUGAAUAAUGGCUUUCAGUUUGCACAUUCCCAGCUCUCCGUGUCAGGACCUUGUGUUCCUUUUUGCCUCCGAUGGUGACACUACUGAAUAUGAAAGAUUCUGCCUGUGAGUCUCGAAAGACGAGGUUCGGAGAAUGAGCUCUUUAACUGAAGUGGGGAACACUCUCAACCUGACCACGUACUCCAUGGCACCUCUUCUGCUGAAUCUCAGCGUGCUUGGCAGCAGAGGCCUGACAGGGUUUACUGUAAAUCGAUCUGGCUCCUGUAACCUUACCCUUGCCCCUGAAGCCCAACCAAGUGACUCUUGCAGCGAGAGAAGGGGGAAAAACUGGCCAGCCCUUCUUAUCAUCAUCAUCAUCGUCCUGACAAUCGGGGGAAACAUUUUGGUUAUCAUGGCAGUGUCACUGGAGAAAAAACUGCAGAAUGCCACUAACUAUUUCCUCAUGUCUCUGGCCAUAGCAGACAUGCUGGUAGGAAUCCUUGUCAUGCCUGUCUCUCUCAUCACUGUACUGUAUGGAUACAUCUGGCCAUUUCCUGCCAAACUGUGUCCCAUUUGGAUUUAUUUUGAUGUGCUAUUUUCAACUGCAUCCAUCAUGCACUUGUGCGCAAUAUCUUUGGAUCGCUACAUUGCAAUACGGAACCCUAUCCAUUAUAGUCGCUGCAACUCGAGAACAAAAGCAUUCAUGAAAAUAAUUGCUGUUUGGACAAUAUCUGUUGGUAUUUCAAUGCCAAUCCCAGUGUUUGGACUUCAAGAUGCCUCCAAGGUUUUCAAGAAUGACAGCUGUUCCCUCACAGAUGAACAUUUUGUCCUGGUGGGUUCCUUUGUGGCAUUCUUCAUUCCCCUCACAAUAAUGGUGGCAACGUACUUUUUGACAAUCAGGGUAUUACAGCAGGAAGCCAUUUUGUGCUUGGAUGUUUUUAAACCCAAGCCCAAAUGGACGAACCUUCGGAUGUUUCUUCAGAAGGGCCCAUUGGCGCCCAACUCCUCAGACAAAGCGGCCAUGUUAAAGAAAUAUGAGGUUAAAGGGACGUCAUCUCCUCAGAUAUCAUCUUGGUGUUCGUCAAAUAGGGAGAUGGGGAUUUCUGGGAGACGGUCAAUGCAGUCAAUUAGCAAUGAGCAGAAGGCUUCAAAGGUUCUUGGGAUUGUAUUCUUUCUUUUUGUCGUGAUGUGGUGUCCAUUCUUUGUAACCAACGUGAUGUCUGUGAUGUGUAUCAAGACUUGUGAUGAAGAACUUAUCGAAGAACUCCUCAGCAUAUUUGUCUGGGUGGGGUACCUCUCUUCUGGUAUCAAUCCACUUGUGUACACACUUUUCAACAAGACUUAUCGAUCAGCUUUCUCGCGAUACAUCCACUGUCAGUACAAGAAUGAGAAGAAGCCCGCUCAGCAAAUUCUAGUCAGCACAGUACCCACUCUGGCAUCCAGCAAAGACAGGCUGCAGCUCUCCAGUACAGAGAGCUUGCGAAACAGCACAGAAUUGAGGACCAGGGCACAUUCUGUUGAAUCACUGGGAGAAAAUCAUCAGGAGACUUCAAAAUCUGAAACAGUUUAUAUCGCUGAGAAGGUCAGCUAUGUUUGACUUCAACUUAAGACUCCGUAUCAAAUAGUGUGUGCAUUCUUCAGGAUAGCUAAUGAAACAGGAAAUAACAUGACACAGUUUCAAAUGCUUGUUAUAUUGCAAUGUUGGUGAAACAUACCAUUUCCCAAGUGUUACACACAGCAGAGAACAGGAAACUUGGCAUGGUUGGAUUUUCCAGUUUGGAUCAUUGGGAAAGAAUCAGGAAUGAAUAUAUUUGAUAUGAUUGAUUCAUAUGUUUUGACCCAUUGCAAUUGUUAAGUUGCACUCAAACAACUGUAUACUGUUAGAAUGUUAAACAAAUUACAUAAGGUUGUGUGUGAAACACAGGACAAAUAGACGGCACUUGGCCUAAUCAGUCCAUGCCAUGUUUAUGCUUCACUCAAGCCUCCUCCUAUCAUUCAUCAGUGAUCAUAACUCUCUUUGCCCUCCUCCCUCAUACACUUCCCUCUUUAACGUCCUUUCCCUUUUUGGUAUUCACUUUAACCACUCCUUGUGGUCACAUUGUCACCACUAUCUGGAUAGAGGUUUCUUCUGAAAUUCCAAUUGGAUAUCAUGAUGACCAUCUUUUACUGAUUGUCUAUAGUUAUGUUAUUCUCCACAAACAUAAGAAUACAAGAAAUAGGAGCAGGAGUAAGCCAUUUGUAACCUAGGGCCUGUUCAGUAAAACCAUGGCUGAUCUGACAAUGGUCUUAAUUCCACUAUCCUGUCUGGCCUGCAUAACCUUUGAUUCCCUUGACAAUCAAAGGUCUAACAUACGAGAGCAAAUAUUUGUUCUGUAUGCACUCUAAAAACUCUACAUUUCCUGUAUUUUUUAAAAAUACUUGUAUUAGUUUACGCUGCUCCCUUCUUUAAUCAGGAUGAAUUUUUCAAAGUUACCAUCAGCAAUUCUAUUUGCAAAGUAGGUUCAUAAGUUUCUCCAUUACUGAAUACCUUCUUGGUCAGAACAUCAAUAUCAUGAGCGCCUUCCUGAGAUGCACGUGUUUGGUUAUUUGUCGAACUUCUGGGCUGAACCAAAAUUGUGUAUUCUAUUUUUUUCCCUUUUGUUAGGAGCCUGCACAAAGUGACAGAAAGAACAACUUUAGGCACAGAAGAGGUACAAAUGUCAAUAUAUAUACUUGCUGCUGUUUCACGCUAGGCCAUCCAUGCAGUUCUAGUUUAUAUGAUAAGGUCAACAUGUGAAUUAUUUAAAAUGCUGUGGAUAUGAAGAUUUCUCUGUAUACUAGUUGUAAAACCCACAUACAAAUUGAUGUAAGAAGUGGAAGAGUUAGAACACCCUUAGUUAUCUGAUAACCAUGGCAGAGAAAGCUAUUACUCUUAAAAGUACAGCACCUCUGUAUUUACAAUACAUUUGUGCAAUAAUCUCUCUCUUCAGAAGCCUUUCUGGACUCUUGUUAAAAGAUAGCAUGUUGAUUUUACAGUCUGGCCAACAAUAUUGAGUUUGGAUUAAAAUUCCGUACCUGAUCAUUUUUAAAUGACAUAAAUAUUAUACAACGGGCACAAGUUAAAGUUUGAUGAAUUAUAUUAGAACUAUAGGAAAGAUUUCUCAUUGGGUUUACAGCCAUGUUUAAAUUAUUAAAAUACAAUCAAAUGUUUCAGGGGCUUGCUGUACAUAUAAGCACUUUCAAAUAUUUUAUUCUAUUGUACAUAAAGGUGAAACUAAGAGACAAAAUGAUUUAUAAUGUUUAUUCAUUCUGGAAAUCUUUCCCAGGUUUGACUGCAAUUUCUCCUAGCUCCCCAUUUGCUUCUGCAAUUUAAACAAUGGGAACUCUACCAACCCUGAUAGCAACAUAUUAGCAGAAUAAAGUCAUUUCUUUUGAUAAACAUUUAUUUCUUUUCUGCGUUGCUAAGACUUAACAAAGGCUGCUGGGAUGUCGUGUCAUUACCAACUUGAAUAAAUGCCUCGAAAGAUCUGUUAUGAAAACAGUGGGAACUCCAAUUCCCCGAGGUGUACCGUGACACUGAUGAAAUUCUCCCUUUAGCCUUUCAGUGUAAAUGUUUCUUUUCCAAUUUCAAGAUCUCUACAUCUUCGUUCCAGAGGCCUCUCUGCAAUAUCCAGUGCAGGGAAGAUGUGUGUAAUAGGAGCCUAAAUAGAAUCCCUAGUGUGGAAGCAGGCCAUUCAGCCCAUCAAGUCUACACCAACCUUCUGAAGAGCACUGCACCCAGUUCCAUCCCCCUACCCUAUCCCUGUAACCCUGCAUUUCCCAUGGCCAAUCCAUCUAACUGCACAUCUUUGGGCUGUGGGAGGAAACUGGAGCACCCAGAGGAAACUGCAGACACAGGGAGAACAUGCUCAAGGUUGGAAUCGAACCCAGAUACCCCGUACUGUAAGGCAGUAGUGCUAAACACAGAGUCAACAUGCCUCCCAAGUGGCUGAUUGAUCUGCUGAUUGUCUUCCUUUGGAGGCAGAUCGAAACCUUAAUCCCGCUAGGUCUCUGCCACAAGAGACCAGAAUUAGUGAUUAGACACAGAGCAAACGGGAUAGUUGCUUUCAACACUGAAAGAAUAUUUUGUAAUAUCAAGUGUUUUAAAAACUUCUUGUAGAUUGUUACAAGGUUAAAACAAGUUCAAAGCAGAAUUAAAGGGCCAAUUACUAAAUAUCACACAAAAUAAUCAAGAGUUGGGGGGAUUCCAGGGUCCUGAUCCUGCAUCAAUACUGUGUUGAGAUUCUUUGGGCAGCAACUAGCAAACAGGCUUCAGAGCAGGAGUGCCCAUUGAAUCUGCCUACCGUUCAAUGAGAUCAUGACUGAUCUUAAAAUCCUCAGCUCCACUUUCUUGCCUUUUCCCUUUAACCAUUGAUUCCCUUGCUCAUUAAAAAUCUGUUCUUACUGCUCAUUUAGGAUGGUAGACUGGUUCCCCAAGGCCUAUAACAGCAGAAGGAGGCAGCUCCAUCUGGAGACGGGGCCACUGCCAAGGACAGUAGGGAAGCGGGACAGCCACUUAAACUGGAGGUACACUUGCAAGUCUCCUUCACUUUAAAAAGUAAAGUAAGCCCAAAGCCUCCCUCUGAAGCCAUCGGUGUGGAAGGGAAACCCUGCCAUAAAACUGGUUACAGUUGAGGCUGUGGUCUUUACAUUCUUACACUUUGCUCACUAGCUGAGAAUGAGAGGAGACACCACUGCCCAGAAGAGAAAAUCCAGUAAAACUGGUGAACAAGGUAUAUUGGUCAAACUCAUCUUGUAGGCUUCAAAAUGGAGGGCCAAUCCAUACACUUCCAAACCCUGAGUUUUUCCCUUAGGGUGGCCCCUGGACCUGUUACUGGUGAGCCACCUCCACAUUGCUGCUGGACUUGAUGAAGGGAAGAGGAAUGGUCUGACACUGGGAAGGUGCCAGCAGCAUCUGAAGCCCAACACUACCUGGGGCCUUCACACUAACUGAUGGUCCAAUGCCUCUGCAACAUUGAGCCUUCAACAAGUACACGUUUUGGAGUCAACACCCACCAAAGAGCCAAUCUUUGGAAAGACUCCACCCCCUAAUAUCUCCAUGAGGCUGCCAUAAUUCCUAUCAAUUAUUCUCUUAUUUCUAUGAGAUUUUAUUGCUCUCCGUUGGCUGCUUUCAAGUGCUGCAGAAAAUGACCUGUCUCAAUUCCUUCUGUGCAAUUGGUAUGUAAUGUGCUGAGAUUUCAC